AUGGGGAUCCUGUGUGCUGGGGGUGGAGCACAGACCCCCCAGCCCCUCUCCUUUUCCUCCCUGCAGGAGCUCAGUGUGGCUUUGUACAGGCACCUCCUUGGCCUGCAGGAGGGCGAAGGCAGCCAGGAGCAGCCUGCAGCUGGAGAGGAGCUGAACCUGCUGUGCUGUGACAUUGACCCUGAGCUGAUCCAGAGGGCUCAGCAGUGCAGCCCCUUCCCUGCCUCCAUCUCCUUCGCGAACCUGGACAUCAUGGACCCCAGGGCCAGGGAGACAUUCCUGAGCUCCCACCUGGGCCGUUUCGGCCGCUCCGCCUUCGACAUCGGUUUUUGCAUGUCUGUGACCAUGUGGAUCCACCUGAAUCACGGGGACAGUGGCCUGGUGGAGUUCCUGUCCUUCCUCUCCUCCCUGUGCCGGUACCUGCUGGUGGAGCCCCAGCCCUGGAAGUGCUACCGAGCGGCCGCGCGGCGCCUGCGCCGCCUGGGCAGGAGCGACUUCGAGCACUUCCGCUCUCUCACCAUCAACGGGGACAUGGCAGAGAGGGUGACCCAGAUCCUAACAAGGGACUGUGCCAUGGAGCUGGUGUCUUGCUUUGGGAGCACCAGCUGGGACAGAAGCCUCUUGCUUUUUAGAUCGAAUCACGAGGGCAGGGAGACUUCAGAACAGGAGCAGGGAUGA